AUGGCCCACAUAAGAUCAGUUACCAAUUUUGCCAACACCAGCAAUAUUCUUGACAUUAGUCGGCACAUCACCGACAUUCCAAUGGGCCCACUGAAUGUUGCUCUUGUCCUGGCCAAGCUUGUUGAUGGCGCCCUUGUUGACGAGAGCAUUAACAGCGCCAGUGUUACCAGAGAGGCACUUCCACCUCCGGCUGUACCAAAGGCAAAACCAGAUGCAUUACCCUUAUGCUGGGCGAAGGUCGACGGCAAAGCAGCUAAAAGAGAGACCAGAUAA